AUGAAGAAAUUAGAUCAAACGGAGUCUGAAGAGCUUAUUACAAGGAAUGUAGUUCAAGAAGAAAGAUGCUCAAAGCCUAGAGAAUUAGGAAGUCGUGUACAAGAAGCUGCUAGCCCAAAUGAAGAAGGAGAACAUCUAUCUGCCAAAGGAUUCAUUGCAAAGAAGGAGGAAUUUGAGGAAUGGGUUGAAGAAAAGGAGACAUCUGAAGACGAAGGGUUAAAUGUUAAAGGUCUUAUGGAUCUUAUCAAUGAUGCCCCCGAUGGUGGUCCCAACAGUCUUGAUGCUAAUGUGACCAAAGGCCCUCAUGCUCCUGAUUCUCCCAUUGUCAUUCAAGCAAACAACAUGGCAUUCUCUGAUAUCCAAUCGACCCUAAGCAAGUAUGUGAGUUCUACUAUUCGUGCUCUGUCGAUUCUAAUACUCAAACCAUUACCAGAACCAUUAGAGACGAUCAAUCUAGGGUUGUUAUCUAUGAAACAUCUUUUCGAACUGCUCUACGUCUUCCCCAAUCUUAAAACUAUUCCAAAACCCCUUUUAAAGAUAGAUUCAAGUCUAUUCUUUCAAGAUUCGGGGUGGAAGUACUUAUCAGGGGUGAUUGGAAAAUUUCUUAGACAUAAGACUGGAAGCCUAGAUCAAUUAAACCUAUUUGAGCAACGAAUCUUGUACGCUAUGACCUGCAACAAAAGACUGGAUUUUGCUCAAAUAUUCUUCGAUCAACUUGUUGAGUGUAUCACUGGGAGUAAGAAGGCAACAUAUGUUCCUUAUCCUCAUUGUCUUGCACCUAUUUUGGUUCGUAAUGGAGAGGGUUAUAAUGCCAAUCACGGAGUCACCAUACCAAUUCCAGUUCUUUCAUAA